AUAAUUUUUAUGCACAAGUUCAAUUGAAAGUAGGUGUAAUUGUUGAAUUAAAUAGAGUUGUAUUAAUUUCAGGAUGUUAUUCUAAAAAAUUAAUAAGUAUUAUUAAUAGAUCUAUUCGUUUUGGCAGUACAGAAUAAUAUAAAAAAUGUAAAAUAAAAAACACAGUUAUAAUAAAAUGGAAGGCGAAAAAAUAUUGAUGGCUGCUGGAGUUACAGUUGCUGCUGUAGUUGGUGCAUUUGUUUUUUGGGGUCCAUCAGGUUCAUCUAGAUUACGACAAAGGCGUGGACAAAUUGCUGGAUUACACAAUUUCGGACAAACCUGUUUUUUGAACACUUUACUUCAAGCGCUGGCCGCUUGUCCACAAUUUAUAGCAUGGCUACAACUUUACAAUGGCAAUUCAACGGAUCGUAAAAGUCUUAAUUCUGCACUACUAAACACUUUAGAAAUCAUAAAUGGUACACAUUCUACUUUAAGAGGUGAUCCUUAUUCACCUGGUACAAUUAUUCGUGCUUUAAAUGCGCUUGGUUGGGUCAUUCCACAAGAGGAGCAUGAUGCACAUGAACUAUUUCAUGUAAUGUUAGCAUCUCUGGAAGAGGAAGUCAUGCAUCCGAAAAAAGUUGGUUGCUUAUCAGAUGCUUUGCCUGAUAAAGCACGUAUUGGCGAACAUACAAAUCGCCCAUCUAGUGCCAUGCUUUCUGACUUCUUGAAUACCGAUUAUGAUGAAUCGACAAGUCUUAAUAGAUUAGUAAGGUCAGAAGCACAUACACCAGACUCUCCUGCUUCUGUAUGUGAGCAUGAAGUGCGUGGUAGUGGAAGAACUGCUUUGGAUUCAUUAGAAAUGGAACUGUCGUCUUCUAUUCACGAAGACGAUGGUCUUACACACCGUAAUCGAUUCUCUCAAUCGCAAGUUAUGGAAGGACUUAAUAAAAAAGUUUCGACAUCCUGCAGGUCAUUAGAAAGAUUAAGUAGGGGUCCAGGCAGAGUUUCUAUAUGGAACGAUCAGCUGCCUAAUCAAAUACCUCACCCAUUUCAAGGAGCUAUGGGCAAUCAAAUUGUUUGUAAUGGCUGUGGAUUUAAGUCUGCUGUUCGAUAUGAUAAAUUCGAUAGUGUCACAUUAAAUCUCCCAACAAAUAGUCGCGGUAGUUUAAGUUUGGGUCAUUUACUUAGUGAAUACAUAACGUCUGAAGAUCUUACCGAUGUAAAUUGCGAGUCUUGUAAUGAAACAACAAAUCAUACCAAAUCUAUUACAUUUGCAAAACUACCAGCUUGCAUUUGUAUACACAUUGCACGUACCAUUUGGCUACCAACUGGGCAAAUUUGUAAACGUCAAGAUUACGUACAUUUUCCUGAAAGUUUAUCUAUGGCUCCAUAUAGUUUUGUACAACCGCAUUUGAACAGCCAGGCUGGAACACCUUGGGGAUCAACUCUUUCAUUAUUUUCAUCAAGUUUACCAACAAACAACUUUGCUGGUUUUAAUGAAAAUAUUGGAGCAUUCGGCACAAUGUUUCCUAGGAAUUUAUAUAGACUUCUAGCUGUUGUAGUACAUUCUGGAGAAGCAAACACUGGACAUUUUGUUACUUAUCGUCGCGGAGCAUUAAGAAACGCUCAUAGAUGGUUUUAUACUUCCGAUACGAUAGUACGAGAAGUCACUAUUGAAGAGGUUUUAAGUGUACCAGCUUAUUUGUUAUUUUAUGAUCGGAGUCCACAAAGACAAAUGCGUUAACUUCCUCUUUCGUGCUUUUAUUAAGAUUAAGUAUGCUUAAUUAAUUGUUAUUUAUAUUUCUAUUGUUACAAAUAGAAAUGAAAAAAUUUUGAAAAUUUGUUUGCAAAUUAUUAUUCAUUUUCAACUAUU